GUGUCAGUGUAAAAAUUGACAAUUAUACAAAAACAUUGAAUCGUGAUAGCUUUUAAGGUUAUAAAAAUGUUUAGAAAAUUAAGAAUAAAGUAUUUUAAGUCUAUUUACGCCAAUUAUACAACGAAGGUAGCUGUGGACCCUACUCUGAAGGAAAGUUUCGAUGCCAAUGUAUUCAAACCACGCAAACAUCCGGGUACAAAUCGAAUCAAAAUCGCUACUAUACCUCCGGACAUUCAGAAGGCUAUAAAACUAAUUCUGGACGACGCAGGAGCUAAAGCAUACUACCAGGAGAGCAUAAAACUCAGCAACUACAUCCGCUCUCGCCAUUUACCGCCAGAAGAUGGUGAAAUCGACGAAAAAGCACUAAAGUUGCGUAACACAAUUUCGAAACAAGUUUAUUCUAGUAUUGACCGAGAUUUAUCGCCAGAAGAGCUAGAAGUAUACGAGAAAAAGAUACAGAAUAAGGUUUUUGGUGCUUUAAAGAAGAAUGUGUAUCGAUGGGGCAACAUAGCUUACGAUAAACCGACCUCUUUGCAGUAUUUAAUGAGUCGAGCCGCUCCGGAGUACGCAGUCUUAUUACGGAUCUUAGAUGAGAUAAAAAAGUUCAACCCGGACUAUAAACCGCGCAGUUUCUUCGACUUUGGCUCCGGAGUAGGCACCGGUACCUGGGCCAUUAACCAUUUCUGGAAAAAUGAUAUAUUUGAAUACUUCUGCGUUGAUACGUCCCCCACAAUGCACGAUUUGGCCCGUCUCAUCCUCUGCCAAGGGAAAGACAACGUAGAAAUGCCUUUAAAAGGAUUCUUUCAACGACAGUUCCUUCCAGCAUCUUCAGAUCUGAAAUACAGCAUCGUAUUAUCCGCAUACUCACUCUUCGAAUUACCGAGCCUACAAUCUAGACUAGAAACGAUACAAAAGCUUUGGAAUAAAACCGAGGACUAUUUAAUAAUUGUCGAACACGGUUCAAAUGCUGGUUUCCAAGUAGUUAACGAAGCUAGAGAAUUUGUUCUAAACUUGAAAGGAAAAAAAGGCAAAGAAGGUUACGCAUUUUCUCCGUGUCCAAAUGACAAUGUCUGUCCACGGUACUUGGAACAUGAAACUCCAUGUAACUUUCUCAUGAAGUACGAAUCAUUACCGUAUGUGGGCAAAGCAGAAGUCUACGCAGAUCUGUUUUCAUAUGUUAUACUCAAGAAAGGAGUCCGUUCUCCCAAUGAUCCGCAAUGGCCAAGGAUUGUUCGAGCUCCCAUAGUACGGUCAAAACAUACAAUUUGUAAGCUAUGUACGGCGCAGGGAGAGUUGAAAGAAGUGAUAUUUUCUAAAGCGAAGUACGAUCAGACUACGUACAGAUGUGCAAGGUCUUGUAAUUGGGGAGAUUUGUUGCCUGUUAAAUAAAUUAGUUGUAAAUUA